AUGGAGCGGUCUACCCAGGAGCUGUUUCUCAACUUCACGGUUGUCCUGAUCACCGUUCUCCUUAUGUGGCUUCUCGUGAGGUCCUACCAAUACUGAGGGGCCAUGCCGCCCUCCUGGGAGUGACUGCUGUGUGCCCUGAGCUUCCGCUGCUCUUAUUAUUAUGGGAUGCCAUUCUUGGCACCUCUAGCAUC